AUGUCGACACUCACGACGACGACCCUGAACUCGUCUUUCCCGCCUAUCCUCCCAGCUCCGUUCACAGCCAACCAACCGCCAACCAUCCGACUGUACCCGCUCUCGAACUACACGUUUGGGACCAAAGAGACGCAGCCGGAGGAAGACCCGUCGGUCGUGGCGAGGUUGAAGAGGCUCGAGGAGCACUACGACAAUUAUGGCAUGCGGCGGACGUGCGAGGGCAUCUUGGUCUGUCAUGAACAUAACCACCCGCACGUGCUCAUGCUGCAGAUCGCCAAUGCCUUUUUCAAGCUACCGGGCGACUAUCUCCCUCAUGAUGCGGACGAGAUCGAAGGAUUUAAACAGCGCCUGAACGAAAGGCUGGCACCUACGAACCCUAAAGAAGGAGACACCGAGUGGGAAGUUGGCGAUUGUCUGGCUCAAUGGUGGCGUCCUAACCACGAAACAUUCCUCUACCCUUUCCUCCCCGCCCACGUCUCCAGGCCCAAGGAACUCAAGAAGCUGUACCUCAUCCACCUCCCGCCCAACAAAGUGCUUUCGGUUCCCAAGAAUAUGAAACUGUUGGCCGUGCCCUUGUUCGAGCUGUACGAUAACACCGCACGCUAUGGGCCGCAGCUGAGUGCCAUCCCACAUUAUCUCUCGAGGUAUCGGUUCGAGUAUGUCGAUGAAGAGGGCAAAGUCGCGAGUGUUAUGCCGGGAGCUGGGCAAUUACCGGGGCCGGAUGCGAAGGAUGCGAAGGAUGCGAAGGUAGGCGUCACGGUGUUGGCGGACGGGGAUAAGGAGGUGACAAUGGAGGGUACACAUACAAAUGGACACUGA